AUGGCAAAUGUGCCAGACCUCCUCCAGGGCUGUCUUACCGAGUUCAACUCCUUGAUUACUUCGGAUAGCCUCGCUAGAUAUAUCCCCGAAGUCCCCCUGCAAGCAUGGAAUGAUGAAUUGGGCCGAUUACGAGUAUGGGCCGCAAAUAUCGCUCAGAUCGGACAGUCUUCUUUGGAUUACCGCCUGAGGGAUGCAUCCCAUAUAAAAGACCAGAUCUUGUCGCUUCUGAAGAGAGUCAAAGAGCUGCUCUUAGACCUCGCAGAGGUCCUGGAGGAAGAUGCAGACACCGAGAAUCAAUAUCCACUCGAAGGGGUUGAGGGUCUGGGAGACUACCCCGAAGACGACGACAGCAUAACGGAGGUUCAACAAAUUCAUCAAGGCCUCCUCGAAGCAAUAACCGAUCUCUACCAGAUGUCUAUGAUGAUUCCCCAACCAGCACAUCAUGACCGGCUGAUUGGAACACGAAAAGUGGACGCCGAGCCAUUUGUAUUCUGGGCUAAGCAGCAUGCUUCCAACAAAUAUCCUCACGCAGAUAAAGUGGUGAUCGAUCGACUCAGUUCAACGAUGGCGCGACAAAGAGCCAUUUUGAAAUACCGUGAAAGACACCAUGCGAAGUUGAGCCAUGGCAUUUAUCCAGAAGAUGAGAAGUCGACGAUGCCGCCAGAACCUCCCCUUAACAAUGCAUUUAAGGAGAGAAAUCAACCCGACGAGUUGGCCUCUGAAGAUGGCGUAACCGAAACCUCAUACAAUGACUACCAGUCCGACGGAAUAUACGGAGGCACAGAUAUACCACUGAUUCCUCAAAAGGGGCACCAGCAAAACCCGUUCAAAUGUCCGUAUUGCUUCUACACCAUCACUGUUCGAGAUGAGCAAGCAUGGGCGCGACACAUUCUCCGCGACUUGAUGCCGUAUGUGUGCGUCUUUCCCGAGUGUUCAACGCCAAAUAGGCUAUACGGAAGUAGUCGACAGUGGUACGCCCAUGUCCAGCAAGCACAUCCGAUCACUGAUACUUCUUAUCAAUGUGCCAUUUGCAACCAAAAACACCUUCCUUCUGUUGGGUUCCAGCAGCAUGUGGCUGGGCAUUUACAGAAACUUGCCCUCUUUUACCUGCCACAAGUGAGAACAGACGAAGAUGAAGCCCCGGAAACAAGACAAGAAGAGGAAGCUCAGAGUGCGAAUGCAGAACAACGCCUGGGGUUGAACAGCUUUGACCUGACCGAAAAGAAAGAUAUCGAGAGGAAGAUGCCGAAGGGAAAGUUAAAAAAGGCAGAGUCAAAGGUGCAGCGAGAGACGGAGGAUGAUGAGAGGGAGAAGUUUAUAUUGGAAAUGACCGAGAAGGACAGUCAAAAGCCAUACCGGAUCUCGGAGAAGUCUGAGAAGCAUAUUGCCCACAAGGAAACUGCAAUUGAAAGAUGGAAGCUCGAGCAAGAACGCACCAAGCAGAAGGAAAAGCAGUUUAGAGAACAUCUGCGUAGCAUUGGUUACACCGAGGAGGAGAUUGAACAAAUCAAGAACAAGAAGAACAAGAGAAAUAAAGAAGGGAAGGACGAGACAGAGAAGGAGGAAAAGGAAGAAACGAAGACCACAUGGAUUAAGGUCCACCGUAAGCACCUGAUACCAGAUACAUUGGUGGCAUAUAAUCUGCCUUGGGAUUGGGAUGAGCACGACGCCAACUAUAUUAUUAUCAAAAAGUGGAUAACCGACGAUUUCCAGGAAGAGCUCUUCUUGCACACUCGACGUAUACGCGAGGGAAAAGUUGUCGCCCAAACAUCCACCUCCAUGGCCGGACUGAAGGUCGAUGACCGCAGCAAGGAAAAUAUGUUCUUGGUCCGGAAGAAGAGCCCUAGCGAUCGAUUAAGGAUAUUUGAAUAG